AAAAAGGUUAUAUUAGAGGAAAGCAUUUCUGCUACAUUCGCCAGCACUAUGGCCUCGUAUACUGCACAAGCUGAGGCCACUGAGUCAGCUGUAUAUGAUGGAUCAUCUUGUCAACAGUAUCAGUCUACUUCCCAGUCAUGUGGUUUGUUAUAUUCCCCAGCCUGUCAAUGGAAAAGCAUGCCAAGUUCUGUUUUCCCUUUAGGAGGGUGUCAAAAUGGUGUUAGUGUGUCCAAUCCAAUGACUGCCUUGGGGACUAAUGGAAAAGAACUCGGGUUGUACUCUGGCCAUUUUUCAGUUCAGCAGCAACAAAAUGUAUCUAGUGAUGCUAAAUUGGAAUUGGUUGACAAUGUUGCUAACCCUUAUCAAGAGUUUGCGAUGGGUAUGGAUGGUCAAUUUUGUUCGAAAAGGACCAAUCCAUAUCAAAAUGAAGUACUGGCAACCCAAGGUAUAUGGGGGCCUCAACGUGAUAUGAUGAUAAAUUUUUCAAAUCCUACUGGACAAUCGGAUAUGCAGCUGCUCAUGAUACAGACUCCUCCUGGCCAUCUGCCUGCUCCAAGCUUUUUCAAGUACCCCAACUCAUCAUUUAUUGAAGCAGAGCUUAGUAAGGUUGACCAACAUCAUUCAGAUAUGCAGCUUCCCAUGACAGAGACUUGUCAGGUUCAGCUGUCUGCUACGAGCUUGUCCAAGGACCCUGACACGUCAUUAAUUGAAGGAACAGAGCUUAAGAAAGUUGAAAAACAUGAUUCAGAUAUACAGCUUCCCAUGACACAGACUAGUCAUGUUCAGCUACCUGCUACGAGCUUGUCCAAGGACCCCAACUCAUCUUUACUUGGACGAACAAAGCUUACAAAAGUUGAACAACAUGAUUCAGAUAUGCAGCUUCCCGUGACACAGACUAGUCAUGCUCAUCUGCCUGCUCCGAGCUUGUCCAAGGACCCUGACUCAGCAUCUCUUGGAGGAACAGGGCUUAAGAAAGUUGACCAACAUGAUUCAGAUAUGCAGCUUCCCAUGACAUGGACUAGCCAUGCUCAGCUGCCUGCUACGAGCUUGUCCAAGGACCCCAACUCACCAUUAAUUGGACAAACAGAGCUUAAGAAAGCUGAGCAGCAUGAUUCAGAUAUGCAGCUUCCCAUGACACAAGCAAGUCAUGCUCAGCUGCCUGCUCCAAGCUUGUCCAAGGACCCGGACUCAGCAUCUCUUGGAGGAAUAGAGCUUAAGAAAGUUGACAAGCAUGAUUCAGAUAUGCAGCUUCCCCUGGCACAUACCAGCCACGUUCAGCUGCCUGCUAUGAGCCUGUCGAAGGGCCCCAACUCAUCAUUAAUUGGACGAACAGAGCUUAAGAAAGUUGGGCAACAUGAUUUAGAUAUGCAGGUGCCCAUGACACAGACUAGUCGUGCUCAGCUGCCUCCUCCAAGCUUGUCCAAGGACCCCGACUCAGCAUCUCUUGGAGGAACAGAGCUUAAGAAGGUUGACCAACUUGAUGAUUAUAGCCAGCAAAGUAUCCUACUCUCAGCAACCAAACCUUCAAAUUCAAGCGGUUCACCAAUUAACAAGUUAGAUGGCGAGGUGGUUUCGCGACCAAUAAAACGGAAAAGAUCAACAGCGUAUGUUUUAACAUCGCAUGAACAAGUCAUGUCUCGGGGUGGGAAAAUGCAAUGUCUAAGCGGCCCUGAGUUGGAUUGUGCUAACGCCACUGAAAGAUUGCCUGAGAAGGUAGAUGGUGAAAAUGCAACUUUUGCGGAGAAUAGUACCGUCGUUUCUCGAGCUCAGAGAAGACUUGAUUUAACGACUAGCUUGAUUCAGUAUGUCCUUCCUGUUCCGCCAGCGAGACUUCUUGCAGCAAAUGUCACGAAUUCCAGUGAAACUGUUGUGUACCACAUUUCUAAAUUGGUGGUUAGUGAUAUGUAUCGCACGGAUAAUGCCAUGCAAAGUGAAUACAUGCCACCGAACGAGACCAGCACCUCUGGAAAGGAAGACAAUAAUAUUGUAUCUGAAGUUCUGGAAACCUUUAAUACGAGGUUUGACGAGCUGGAACGCUCCGUGUCAAGAGCUGAAAAGGCACUCACUUUCCAAGAUUUCGCAUCCGAGGUCCGGGACAUCGAGCGGUGGUCCAUUCUCCAUCGUUUCGUGAAGCUGCGGAUGUUGCAGGAGUACAGGAGACUGCAUGCGGGUGGCAGCUUGGAUUCUACGCCGCACCCCUUCAGCACAAGCAUCUUGAAGCAUCAUGAAGAUCCAUCCAUGCCGUUAGACUCGCUGAACAGGGUCCGGUGUCGCCUGCUGAAGUAGUUGCUUCCUCGGUCAAGAAGAAAGUAGAAUUGCCCAGUGAUUAGAGAAUAUAUGUAGCCGUACUAAUGUAGUGAUUAGAGAAUAUAUGUAGCCGUACUAAUGUACUGGUGUCGCCUUGUGCUAGUAGCCUAGUAGGAGAGUAGGUGUUCACUUAUUCUCCUUAUUUUACUCUAUCCGUCCCAAGAAGUAUGUCUCAGCUUUGUCUAGAUUUGUAUGUAUGUACACACUAAAAUAUGUUCUAGAUGCAUUGAUAUCUAAAUAAAGCUGAGACAUCAGAGGGAGUAAUAUAUUUUAGGCAAAGUUGAGACAACAGCGGGAGUAGUAUAUUUUAGGAUGAGGUGCUGGGAGGGACGUGUAGAUUUUUGCAGACACAGCAAUAAUAUGUGCUUUGGAACUGUAUGCAUGGGCGGAGCCAGCACCCGGCAACCAAAACCGAUAUUUAAGAAAUCGUUAAUUUUAA